AUGGCUCCGCCCGCGAAGCGCCGCCGGCGCAAUGUCGUUGAAGCUUCAGACGAUGAAGACGAACAACCCCGUGCAAACACCCUGAACAAAUUCCUGAUCUCCUCACCGAGCUCUCCUACGAAAACUCGCGUCCCUACAGCUUCUCCUAGCCCUACAAAACCUAAGAUCCUUGCCAACAAUUCAGCCAAGAAUGGAUCUCUUCGUCUACCCCGUCGAGCGCAUCAGAGCCAGCGCAACAGCACGAGUCCGAGCACAAAACGAACGAAAGAUGUUGGCAAAGCAGCCGAUAAAGGAAAGACGGCAGAUCUGAAGACGCUUUUCUCCAAUCAGGCACAGAGGGCUGCGAAGACUGGGGCGAGCGAUAGACGAUCUGUUCCUCUCGAUGAUAUUAUCAGUGAUCCUAUUUCAGAAGACGACGACAUUUCAGAGCAAAAAGCAAGCUCUUCGAGUCUGGUUGGCCAACACGCUAAGAAGAGGCUGCGAAAUGAUUCACAACCACCAUUCCCAACUCCACCACUCAGCGCUAGCCAGAAGUUCAUCAAACCUCCAAAACCAACACCCCUUGCUACGGCCAACGAAGAUUCGCGACCAUGGUCAGAACGAUUUGGACCGCGGAACCUAGAGGAACUCGCCGUGCAUAAGAAGAAAGUGUCCGACGUGAGAAGAUGGUUAGAAGACGUGGUAGGGGGACGUAUGCGACAGCGUUUGCUCAUCCUGAAAGGCGCAGCUGGGUCCGGAAAGACGACAACAAUGCGGCUUUUGGCAGAUGACAUGGGAUCUGAGCUUCUUGAAUGGCGAAACCCAACAGGAAGUUCUGGGUUGGGGUUUGUUUCCGCAUCGGCGCAAUUCGAAGAGUUUCUUGGUCGUGGUGGAAAAUUUGGAGCGCUGGACACAGAUGAUCCGGUGCCAAUGCCCAGUCAGAGCAAUUCUCAAGCUGCCCGAAAGAACGAAAAACGGAUUAUACUCAUUGAAGAGUUUCCAAACACGUUCCAAAAAUCCUCGACGGCUUUGACAUCGUUUCGCAACACCAUUCUGCAGUAUCUGGCCGCCAACACACCUUCUCUGUCCAUGUUUGGAAAGCCUUCCCAGCAGGAACCUGUGACACCAGUAGUCAUGAUCAUUUCGGAGACACAUCUUACCACAACAUCAGCUUCGGCUGAUAGUUUCACUGCUCAUCGACUCCUUGGUCCUGAAAUCUUGCAGCACCCAGGGGUGGGUAUGAUCGAGUUCAACGCCAUUGCGCCUUCGCUACUUCUCAAAGCACUCGAAUUGAUCGUUCAAAAAGAAGCACGAAAGUCUGGUAGAAGAAAAACACCAGGUCCCCAGGUGCUAAAGCGCCUUGGUGAAAUCGGAGACAUCAGAAAUGCUGCCUCAUCUCUCGAGUUUCUCUGCUUGAAGGGUGAUCAACAGGGCGACUGGGGCAACAAAGUUGCCUUCUCAAAACAGUCCAAAGGCGUCAAGGAUUCUAUCAAGCUUACACAGGGUGAAGAGGAGAGUCUCGAGUUGAUAUCGCAACGUGAGGCCAGCCUGGGUAUUUUCCACGCUGUCGGAAAGGUGGUAUACAACAAGAGAGACGAAUUUGCUCCGCGCGAUGACACUACUGAAAGACUUCCGGGUUUUCUUUCGCAGCAUUCACGGCCAAAACGGUCAGAAGUCAACGUGGACACUCUGAUCGAUGAGACCGGUACUGACACGCAUACUUUUGUCUCGGCAUUACAUGAAAAUUAUGUUCUAUCAUGCGAGAGCACAGAUCCUAUGGACUUAUCGACUCCAAUGGACUACGUCAACGACUGUAUCGAGUACCUUUCUCAAGCCGACCUCCUUUCGCCAUCAAGGGAUAUCUUCUUCGGUGGCAGAAGUGGUUUCUCGGGUCCAGAUUCUGGUAGCCAUGUGUUGCGACAAGAUGAAAUAACAUUUCAGGUAGCUGUCCGUGGCAUGCUAUUCGCUCUUCCUAAUCCUGUUAAACGCAAGUCGUCUUCCAUGUCCAAGGGUAGCGACGCUUUCAAAAUGUUCUACCCAACUAGUCUGAAACUCUGGCGAGCGAAGGAAGAGCUGGAGAGUUUCGUGGAUAUGUGGUCUACGAAGCUUCUCAAAGGCGACGGCGGCGCUACCAAGAACCUCAUGGAUGGUGCUACAGCGUUCCGACGCCCACAACAAAGCUCGGGCGAUAUUUCAUGGAUGCAGCGCAAGCAACAGAACCGACAGGCUGCUUUGAGUCAGCAGAAGCAAGAAGAGGAUGAGCCCGAUAACGCACCCCUGCUCUCACUCGGCAGCGCAGCUCGACGCGAAAUGCUCCUGGAACGUCUACCAUACAUGACUCAUAUCGCACGUGCUCGCAAGACUUCAACCUUCCGUCUGCGCGAUCUCGAAAAGGUAGUCGCAUUCAAGGGCAUCAACGCACCAGACGAAGAGUCCGACGCGGAUGACGACAUGCCAGCCGGAGAAGAAUGGGCGACAGACAAGCCCUCAGAAGAGAUGAGUCCUCGGAAGAAGCGCGCGGGAGUAAAGGAUGGCAACGUCACUGGGUUGCUUGCUCAGAAACUGGUGCUUAGCGAUGAUGAUAUCGAAGACUAA